AAUUGUCCAUUCCAACAGCUUAUCUCUGUAUAAUUUCAGGUAUAUGUUUUUCUUUCAAAUGCCAUUCUUGCCUGAGUUCAUGUUGUCACAUAACAACUGCAGUAUGUUAGAAAAGAUGUUCACAGGAAAAGAUGGUAAAAAACUCCAGCACUGUACUGAAGAAGACAUUGAGGCAUACAAGUACAAUUUUACCAAAAAAGGAAAUGGCUUCACUGGUCCAUUGAACUACUACAGGGCAGCCCUAAGGAAAGAAGUUGACAAGAGUAUCUUCAAACCUAUAGAAGUCCCCACCCUCAUUGUCUGGGGGGUGGAGGACCUGGCCUUGAACAGAAAACUGCCAGAGCUUAGUAAGCAGUACAUCAAAGACUGCACCAUUAAAUAUAUCGAGGGAGCCAGCCAUUGGGUAACGAUGGAUGGUUAUGAGGAGGCAAAUAAGCACAUAUGGGAAUUUGUUAAGGCUUAGAAAAGUAUUGUUGGCCUUUAUGUUGAGAUGUGUGUGUAGAGUUUUUACCCACCAACCAUAUCAAACAAUGUGUUUAAAAAGGAGAAUUACUAGAUUCUUAAUUAAAAUAAGCAUUAUAAUUAAUUAAGAAAAAUUUACAUUAGACUUUUGAAAGUUUGGUGCUAGCAUUUCAGUGUACAUUUUACUUUGAAAGAAAUUGAAUUUUAAGGUUUAAUGUCACAGGAGUGGUCUAGUCAAGAGUGUGUCAAGAAAACCUUGUGUUACUAACCAGGGUAAUUCAAAUUAUUUAGGUCCCAUGUCCUAGAUAUAAAAAACACAGAUAAAUCUUGAUUGUUAUGAAUUUAGUCUUACUGUUUCUUGUUUUCUAUUUGGGGGUAAUUUUAUGCAAUGUUAAUUAUCAUUAA